UGAUGAUUAUGGUAUUCUCUCUUCUUGGGGGAGUGAAGAAGAUAAAAAAGAUUGUUGCAACUGGAGAGGAGUUGGGUGCAACAACCACACUGGUCAUGUCACCAUGCUCGAUCUUCAUGUAUUGUACAAUUAUUCUCUUGAUGCUCCUUAUCAGGCACUGAGAGGUAAGAUUAGUCAUUCAUUGCUUGAAUUGCAACAUUUGAAGUCUUUGGACCUCUCAAAAAAUAAUUUUCAUGACGACAUCACAAAGUUGAGGAACCUUUCUAACUUGCAGAAUCUUGAUCUUGGCUACAAUAAAGGUCUGGAGUGUGAAAAUCUUGAGUGGCUUUCUCAUCUUUCUUUAUUAAGUCACUUGGACCUUAGUGGUGUUGACCUCAGUAAAGCAAUCGACUGGGUUCAAUCUAUCAAUAAUCUCCCUCUCCUAAAAGAGUUAAGGUUAUCUUAUUGUACACUUCCUGCGAUCACUACUCAUCCCUCACUUCCUUUUAAUUCUUCUGCGUCUCUUUCUAUACUUGAUCUUUCUUGAAAUGAUCUAUCUUCUUCAAUAUAUAGUUGGUUGUUCAACUUUAAUAGUAGCCUUAUUGAUAUAGACCUUUUGAUAACCAGUUAAAAGGUCCGAUUCCUGAUUCUUUUGGAGGCAUGAUUUCCCUCACAAAUCUCAGUCUGGCUUACAAUCAUGUUGAAGGUGGCCUUCCAAAAUGGGGCAGAGGACUCAUUAUAGGUUUUGUAUGUGGAUGACAAUCGCCUUAGUGGUCCAUUGCCUGAUUUUACAAGAUUUUCUUCCUUAAUAGAAUUGUCUGCUAGCCUUAAUCAAUUGAGUGGAUCCAUUCCAGAAACUUUUAGACAACUUCCUAGUCUUGUUGUUCUUCAGUUGAAUGGAAACCAAAUUACAGGGUCACUGCCUGACCUUUCAAUGUUUCCAUCAUUGACGCAUUUACAACUUGGAGACAAUCAAUUGAAUGGUACUAUACACAGAAAUAUUGGACAACUUUCCAAGCUUGAGUAUUUUGAUGUCUCUUUCAAUUCAUUAAAAGUCAUACUCUCUGAAGCUCACUUUUCUAAUAUGUCCAGUUUGAAGUUUUUGUUAUUUUCUUCAAAAACAUUAUUAACUUUUAAUUUCAGUUCUGACUGGUUUCCUCAUUUCCAACUUGAUGUCAUAUAUUUAUCAUCUUGUAAGUUGGGGCCUCAUUUUCCAAAAUGGCUUCAAAUGCAAAAUAACUUCUUUGAGCAUGAUAUCUCAAGUAAUGGAAUUUCAGAUAAUGUUCCUAGUUGGUUUUGGGUCCUAUCCCCAGGUUUAAGAUUUUUAAAUCUCUCUAACAAUCUGAUCAAAGGUUUGUUGCCUGAUCUAUCAUUGAAGUAUCAGGGUUAUCUUGUUAUAGAUUUAAGUUCGAAUCAUUUUUCGGGUCCAAUACCACUAGCUCCUCCUAAUGUAACACUUUUGAAUCUCUCCAAAAAUAAGUUCUCAGGUUUACUUUCUUUCUUAUGUGCAAUUAGGGGUAAAAGUUCACCUAUCUUGAGCUCUCAAAUAACUCACUAUCAGGAGAGCUUUCAAGUUGUUGGGUGCACCUCAAAGCACUAUCCAUCAUUAAUUUGGCAUACAAUAAUUUGUACGGGAAAAUUCCGAGUUCAAUGGGUUCCCUGGACCAGAUUCAAACUUUGCACUUGUGCAACAACAAUUUCUCUGGGAAAAUUCCUUCUUCAUUAAAGAGAUGCACAAAUUUAAUAAUGAUUGAUCUGGGAGGAAACAAACUCACAGGAAAAAUACCAGCAUGGAUAGGGGCACACCUAACAAGUUUAAUUGUUCUUAGUCUACGAUUCAAUGAGUUCAAGGGAAGCAUACCUAGACAUAUAUGUCACCUUAACCAAAUUCAAAUUUUGGACUUCUCCCAUAAUCGCUUAUCGGGAAACAUACCACACUGUUUUCACAAUUUUACUGCCAUGGUGGAAAGUAAGAGUUCUAGUGCAACCAUUUCUUUUGAUUAUUCGACAUUUUAUGGCCCUGAUACUGCAAUUAACAGCUAUAUUGAGGAUGCAUUGUUGUCGUGGAAAGGACAAGAGUCAGAAUACAUAAAUAUUUUCAGACUAGUAAAAAGCAUUGAUCUUUCUGGAAAUAACUUAGUUGGGAAAAUUCCUAAACAAGUUGGGAGUCUUGUAGGGUUGGUUUCGUUGAACCUAUCAAGAAACAAUUUGACAAUAAAUAUCAUCCAAGAAGUAGGUCAAAUGAAAAUGUUGGAAUCUCUUGACUUGUCUGCAAAUGAGCUUUCUGGCGCGAUUCCUACAGGCCUCAGUGAUCUAAAUUUUCUCGGUGUAUUGAAUUUGUCAAAUAAUAGGUUGUCAAGAAAAAUCCCGAUAAGCACUCAAUUGCAAAGCUUUGAUCCCUCUGCAUAUUUAGGAAACUGUGAACUUUGUGGCCUUCCACUUCCAAAAAAGUGUCCAGGAGAAAAAAUAGUUGUGGAACCUCCAGUUCUUGUUCAUGGCAAAGACAAAAGGAUUCAAGAAGACGAUGACAAGUUUAUUACAACUGGAUUUUAUGUUAGCGUGGGGCUGGGUUUCACCUUUGGAUUUUGGACAAUUUUUGGCACUAUGAUUUUUAACAAACCAUCUAGACACGCUUAUUUCAAGUUCUUGGACUGCAUAAAAAAUUGGGUUUAUGUGAGAACUGCACUGAGUAUGACUAGAUUGGGAAGGAGGCUUCAGAGGUAAACAGUCUAGUUUGCAAGCUAUCUUCAGCUCAUUGCUGCCAAGAUCUAUCUAUAUGGUAAUUUCUAUUGCCACCCUAAUUUUUAACCAAGCAAUUGCUUGACAUCCACUAUCUGUUUAGUUGUUAUUGAUAGAUAAAACGAUCCAAAAAUUAGCUUUACCUUCUGAUCCGUUUCUGUUUAAUUGUAUCCAACUUCUAUUCCUCCAUACAUUUCUUUUUUCCCUUUUCUUACAGAAGUCAUUCACUUGUACUAUAAUUUUGCAAAACUAAUCUUGUAAUAGCAGUGAUGAUGAUGUGUGCUGCCAUUGCAAACAUAAACAAAAACACUAACGCUGGGUUUGGUUGGGGGAUUUGAGGAAAGAUUUGGAAAGAAAAAGAAAAAAGGUGUGUGAAACUAGGUGAAAUAUAGGUAUAUUUUAUUCACAUUUUACCUACCAUUUCCAUUUCUCUUUCUAAAUCCCUCCUCAAAUCUCCCAAACAAACACAGCAUAACGUUGUGCCAUAUUUAUGCGAUGUACUGAAUUGAUCCUCUGUUUAUAAACAAUUUUUUAAAAAUACUUUUCAGAAAAUUCUACUUUCUUGUUUUCCGUGUUUUUUUAUUUUUACUGAAUUUUUUUAAUCUUUUAAGCAAUUUUUUUUA